AUGGGAUCACUAGUGAACCAUGUGAUCACCAGUGGACCAUGGGGUCACCAGUGUACCAUAGGAUCACUGGUGUACCAUGUGAUCUCCAGGCCGCCCCGCACCAAGCCGCCCCGCACCAAGCCGCCCCGCACCAAGCCGCCCCGCACCAAGCCGCCCCGCACCAAGCCGCCCCGCACCAAGCCGCCCCGCAUCAAGCCGCUCCGCACCAAGCCGCUCCGCACCAAGCCGCUCCGCACCAAGCCGCUCCGCACCAAGCCGCCCAGUACCAAGCCGCUCCGCACCAAGCCGCUCCGCACCAAGCCGCUCCGCACCAAGCCGCUCCGCACCAAGCCGCUCCGCACACAGCCGCCCAGUACCAAGCCGCUCCGCACACAGCCGCCCAGUACCAAGCCGCUCCGCACACAGCCGCCCAGUACCAAGCCGCUCCGCACCAAGCCGCCCAGUACCAAGCCGCUCCGCACCAAGCCGCCCCGCACCAAGCCGCUCCGCACACAGCCGCCCAGUACCAAGCCGCCCCGCACCAAGCCGCCCAGUACCAAGCCGCCCCGCACCAAGCCGCCCCGCACCAAGCCGCCCAGUACCAAGCCGCCCCGCACCAAGCCGCCCCGCACCAAGCCGCCCCGCACCAAGCCGCCCCGCACCAAGCCGCCCCGCACCAAGCCGCCCCGCACCAAGCCGCUCCACACCAAGCCGCCCAGUACCAAACCGCCCUGCAUCAAGCCGCUCCGCACCAAGCCGCCCAGUACCAAGCCGCCCAGUACCAAGCCGCCCCGCAUCAAGCCGCUCCGCACCAAGCCGCUUCGCACCAAGCCGCUCCGCACCAAGCCGCUCCGCACCAAGCCGCCCCGCACCAAGCCGCUCCGCACCAAGCCGCUUCGCACCAAGCCGCUCCGCACCAAGCCGCCCAGUACCAAGCCGCUCCGCACCAAGCCGCUCCGCACCAAGCCGCUCCGCACCAAGCCGCCCCGCACCAAGCCGCUCCGCACCAAGCCGCUCCGCACCAAGCCGCUUCGCACCAAGCCGCUCCGCACCAAGCCGCCCAGUACCAAGCCGCCCAGUACCAAGCCGCUCCGCACCAAGCCGCCCCGCACCAAGCCGCCCCGCACCAAGCCGCCCCGCACCAAGCCGCCCCGCAUCAAGCCGCUCCGCACCAAGCCGCUUCGCACCAAGCCGCUCCGCACCAAGCCGCCCAGUACCAAGCCGCUCCGCACCAAGCCGCUCCGCACCAAGCCGCUCCGCACCAAGCCGCUCCGCACCAAGCCGCUCCGCACCAAGCCGCUCCGCACACAGCCGCCCAGUACCAAGCCGCUCCGCACACAGCCGCCCAGUACCAAGCCGCUCCGCACACAGCCGCCCAGUACCAAGCCGCUCCGCACCAAGCCGCCCAGUACCAAGCCGCUCCGCACCAAGCCGCCCCGCACCAAGCCGCUCCGCACACAGCCGCCCAGUACCAAGCCGCCCCGCACCAAGCCGCCCAGUACCAAGCCGCCCCGCACCAAGCCGCCCCGCACCAAGCCGCCCAGUACCAAGCCGCCCCGCACCAAGCCGCCCCGCACCAAGCCGCCCCGCACCAAGCCGCCCCGCACCAAGCCGCCCCGCACCAAGCCGCCCCGCACCAAGCCGCUCCACACCAAGCCGCCCAGUACCAAACCGCCCUGCAUCAAGCCGCUCCGCACCAAGCCGCCCAGUACCAAGCCGCCCAGUACCAAGCCGCCCCGCAUCAAGCCGCUCCGCACCAAGCCGCCCCGCACCAAGCCGCUCCACACCAAGCCGCCCCGCAUCAAGCCGCCCUGCAUCAAGCCGCCCCGCAUCGAGCCGCUCCGCACCAAGCCGCUCCACACCAAGCCGCUCCGCAUCGAGCCGCUCCGCACCAAGCCGCUCCACACCAAGCCGCUCCGCACCAAGCCGCCCACCGCUCCACACAAGCCGCUCCGCACCAAGCCGCCCCGCACCAAGCCGCUCCACAUCAAGCCGCCCCGCAUCGAGCCGCUCCGCACCAAGCCGCUCCGCACCAAGCCGCUCCGCACCAAGCCACCCCGCACCAAGCCGCUCCGCACCAAGCCGCUCCGCACCAAGCCGCUCCACAUCAAGCCGCCCCGCAUCGAGCCGCUCCGCACCAAGCCGCUCCGCACCAAGCCGCUCCGCACCAAGCCGCUCCGCACCAAGCCACCCCGCACCAAGCCGCUCCGCAUCAAGCCGCCCCGCAUCGAGCCGCUCCGCACCAAGCCGCUCCACACCAAGCCGCGCCGCACCAAGCCGCUCCGCACCAAGCCGCUCCGCACCAAGCCGCUCCGCACCAAGCCGCUCCGCACCAAGCCGCUCCGCACCAAGCCACCCCGCACCAAGCCGCUCCGCAUCAAGCCGCCCCGCAUCGAGCCGCUCCGCACCAAGCCGCCCCGCACCAAGCCGCCCCGCAUCGAGCCGCUCCGCACCAAGCCGCCCCGCACCAAGCCGCCCCGCACCAAGCCGCAACGCGCCGCUCCACAACCCCCCGCACUACGCCACACCACACCGUACCACGCAGCACCGUGCAAAGGAGGUGGGGCCGCCGUGUGA